UUUCUCUCUCUCUCUCUCUCUUUCUCUCACAAAAUCGCUCUGCUCAGCCACCCCACACCCAACCCAACACCCCUUCCCUUUCUCUCUCCCAAAACUCACCCCCCUCUUACUAUUAUCACUAACCCAACACACAAAUCUCUCUUUCUCUCUCCCUAAAUUACCCGCCAAAAAGGUCCUAUACAAGCAGUUCGCUGAAACGGCGUCGUUGGCCUCUAGGGCUUGUUCUCUCUGAACAAUGGAUCCGACGGUCGGGGUCGAGCCAAUGGAGCUGGCCGAACCGUCGAACGGAGGGGACGAGGACUUGGGGGCCCGGACGAGCAAGAGGGCCAAGAUUGGGCCUGGGCCUGGGCCUGGGACUGGGCCGGGGCGGGAGCUGAAGAGAGUGGCGGAGAUCGUGCUGGUGCUGUCAGCGAUGGCGAGGAUGCGAGGCGGAGGGAAGGGCCCGACGGAUGCGGAGGUGGAGCUUAUGGUGGAGGCCAGGGCCAAGCUGGCAGAGGCCUGCGCGGCCCUGGCGCCCAAGGACGUGGUGGGCCGGGAGGCAAUUGGGGCGGUGAUUGAGGAUUUGGGGCUCAAUGGCAAGCUCAAGGAUCAGCGGCUAGGGUUUCGGACUCCCAAGUUGACUAUCAAGGAGAAGUUUGAUAAUGCAAAGAGGAAGAUGGAUGAGUCGAAGAAUUUUGUUGCACAUACUACUGCAUAUACUUCUCACCCCGUGCAACCAAGCUCUAGUACAUCGGCUGAAAUCAGUGGGGCAUUGCAUACUGUGCGUACUUUUCCAUCAGAUAAACCAAGCAAUCUGCCAAUUUCUUCUGGUGGCAUCCCAGCUUCUUCACCUUUAGGUCAUGCUUCUGCAGUAACUUCUACUUCCAUACAAUAUCAAUUGCCGACUAAUGAAGUUAGACCAGGUAUUAGAGGAUUGCCUAGCGGUCAUUUAGGAAGAGAUUCUUCUUCCUUAUCAUUGGCUAAAGUUGAAAGAGCACAGUUCAAAUUGGAUGGAGGAUCAAAUGGGUCUUCUUAUGCAUCGCAAUUACAAGCAAAUUCUUCUGCAAACCACCCACUGGUGAAUGCUCCUACAUGGUCUGUACAAACCCAAUCUGCCUCAGCAGCUAAAAGUGGGCAAGAAAACAAGGUGCCAAAUAAUAGUUCUGCCAAGGUUGAGGGAACUGUUGAAAUAAAUAUGUCACGAGUAGCUACUCAAGGAGCGAGAGAUCAGAGCUUUAGGCCAUUUGUAACUCAAACGGCACCUGGAAAUUUGCCAAAUAUACAGCAGCCUCUGCAGGGAAUGGGCUUUGUCCAAGCCCCUUCACUUGGUAAUAAUCACAAUGAAAUUGCUAAACUUGUUCAGAAGUUAUUACAACCACAGCGUCCUGAUCACCCUAAGUGGAAUCCUCCGUCAAGGGAUUACAUGAAUAAGGCUUUAACUUGCCAAUUGUGCCAGCUUACCAUCAGUGAGGUUGAUAAUGUUCUUCUUUGUGAUGCUUGUGAGAAAGGAUAUCACUUAAAGUGUAUGCAGCCUAAUCAAAAGGGAAUUCCUAGAGGUGAGUGGCACUGCAUGAGGUGCUUGACGUUGACCCAAGGGAAACCUUUGCCCCCUAAAUAUGGUCGUGUCAUGAGAAGUGGUACAAAUCAACCAAAUUUGUCUCCUGAGAUUCCUAUGAAGGUGUCAUCUUCAGAGAAGAAAGUGGGAACUUUAGAUCCAAAGGUCAAUCAGCCGAAGAUGACAGCAAAUGGAAGCUCUGCUCUACAAAGUCCCACACAUGCUAGUAGUGCAGGCACCAAUCAUGUUGAGUCAGCAUCUGAUGUAAAGAUUCCUAAUGCAAGAGAAACUCAAGGGAAUAACAGCAUAUCAAGCAGUAAAAUUAUGGAUGACAAAACUUUUUCUGGAGCUUCCCCUAAUAUCCCAUCAAAACCCUUGGGGGAAGCUAGUUAUUCUCCUCCUGUUGGCUCAUCAAGUGUAAAGUCUGCUCAAAAUCUUAAAGAUCAUGAGUUAUCUACGCUUGAAGAGAGAUCUUUUCAACAAAAGACAGAGUCUCCUGCUAAAGUAUCUGAAACAGUAAGUAGUAAGUCUAAUCAUUCCCAACCCUUGCACAACUCGCAAGUUGUUGACUGGAGAGACUUGCCUAAAUGUGCUGAGGUUCCAUCAAAGAAUUGUGAUGACAAUGACCUUGCUGUCAAAGAUCCUGAAAAAUCUCAGAUAAGAGAAAAUCUUGACUGUACUUCAGUAUCUGAUACUAAGCAAGAUGACCAACUUGUUGCUCAGGCAACUCCUUCUGGGGGAUUUCAAACUUGUACAGGGAGUGAACGUUCUGGGUUUCCUUCAGAUGGCUUGCGGAGUGUGGAAUGGAUUGGCAACGUUAUCCAAGUUUUAGAAGGGAAAUCGUUCUACCAGUCUUGUAGAGUUAAUGGAGUAAUGUAUAAACUGCAGGAUCACGCCCUUUUUCCUUCCAACCAUGGUGAAUUGUUACCCUCGAAGCUUCAGUCCAUGUGGGAGGACAGCAAAACUGGGUCAAAGUGGGUUAUUGUCACAAGGUGCUAUUUUCCUGGCGACUUGCCUGAGAAUGUUGGGCGCCCAUGUGCCCCUGAGAGCAAUGAGGUCUAUGAAUCAAAUCAUGAAAGCACAAUAAUGGCUGGUUUGAUCCAAGGCCCAUGCGAAGUUCUGCCUCCUGCCAAGUUUAGUGAAGAAAGUGAAAGACGGAGUCAGGCAGGACCCAAUGCAAGUAUUGGAUUACAGCCAGUUUUCCUGUGCAAAUGGUUCUAUGAUGAAUUUAAAGGACUUUUUCAACCUGUUUCCAGUUAAUCUGCUCAUGCACAUACAUUGGUGAUUGAUUUGGUUUCAUUGCACCUUUUUGGUGCUCUCUUUUAUCAGUACAGGUAGUUUAUAGCAGAUGUGGCAUUCAGAUAAUUGACGGUUGAGGAAGCUCCAAUAUUCAUUCCCUGUACAAUAUUUAGCUGUAAUCCUAGUUUGUAUUAUCUUCCAAUAGCAAUUCAAUUUGUAAUUUUUGUUGCCCUCUUUGGUGCCUUUAUGACCCACUAUUACAUUAUCACACCCCAUCAAUCAUAGAAUGAAUUUCUGCAAUUUCUCUUUA